AUUAGAACUAUAUACACACUUAUAUAUACAACUUAUACAACAUAUAUAUAUAUAUAUAUACAUAGAGCUAUAGUUAUAUAUACGAACUAAUAGUUUGGCAAAUAGUUCAACUUGGUACUGCGGAGUAUAAAACUGCGCUUCAACAUACGCCACUCCCCCUCAGCCCCCAGCCCCCCAUCCACACUGUGAUAUUAGUAAAUUCACAUAUAUAUACACAUAAAAAAAACAAACAACAAGUGCAAUAUUUAAAUUCAAAUCCUGUUCAACUGGCAGCAGCUCACGCAAAAAAGAAAAAUUCAAAGCGUUUACUUUAGCAGCUUGCGCGUUUGUAUUAGUGCGCGCGCGUGUGUGUGUGAGUGCAACGUAGUUGCAAUAAAUAAGUUUUUGUGGCUUGACGCUUUGACGUUUUAUUAAUUAUGUAUACGCAACGUAUGUUUGACAUGUGGAGCAGCGUCACUUCAAAACUGGAAGCACACGCAAAUAACUUGGGUCAAAGCAACGUGCAAUCGCCAGCGGGACAAAACAACUCAAGCGGUUCAAUUAAAGCUCAAAUUGAAAUAAUUCCAUGCAAAGUGUGCGGCGAUAAAUCAUCGGGCGUGCAUUACGGCGUCAUCACCUGCGAGGGCUGCAAAGGCUUCUUUCGCCGCUCGCAGAGCUCCGUGGUUAACUAUCAAUGUCCGCGCAAUAAGCAAUGCGUUGUCGAUCGCGUCAAUCGCAAUCGCUGUCAAUACUGUAGACUGCAAAAGUGCCUAAAGCUGGGAAUGAGUCGUGAUGCUGUAAAAUUCGGCAGAAUGUCCAAGAAGCAGCGUGAGAAGGUCGAGGAUGAGGUGCGCUUCCAUCGCGCUCAGAUGCGCGCUCAGAGCGACGCCGCACCGGAUAGCUCAGUGUAUGAUACACAAACGCCCUCUAGCAGCGAUCAGCUGCAACAUAAUACAUACAACAGCUACAGUGGCGGGUAUUCCAACAACGAGGUCGGCUAUGGCAGUCCCUAUGGCUACUCCGCAUCGGUAACGCCGCAGCAGACAAUGCAAUACGAUAUAUCGGCCGAUUAUGUGGACAGCACCACAUACGAGCCGCGCAGUACAAUGAUCGAUCCCGAAUUUAUUAGUCAUGCGGAUGGCGAUAUCAACGAUGUGCUGAUCAAAACGCUGGCGGAGGCGCAUGCGAAUACAAAUACCAAACUGGAAUCUGUGCAUGAUAUGUUCCGAAAGCCGCAGGAUGUUUCACGCAUUAUCUAUUACAAAAAUCUGGGCCAAGAGGAGCUCUGGCUGGACUGUGCCGAGAAGCUGACACAAAUGAUACAGAACAUAAUCGAAUUUGCCAAGCUAAUUCCAGGCUUUAUGCGACUCAGUCAAGAUGAUCAGAUACUGUUGCUGAAGACGGGCUCGUUUGAGCUGGCGAUUGUACGCAUGUCCAGACUGUUAGAUCUCUCACAGGACGCUGUGCUCUAUGGCGAUGUAAUGCUGCCACAGGAAGCGUUCUACACAUCCGAUUCGGACGAGAUGCGUCUGGUGUCGCGCAUUUUCCAAACGGCUAAGUCCAUAGCCGAACUUAAACUGACUGAAACCGAACUGGCGCUAUAUCAGAGCUUAGUGCUGCUCUGGCCAGAACGCAAUGGAGUGCGCGGCAAUACUGAAAUACAGAGGCUUUUCAAUCUGAGCAUGAAUGCAAUACGGCAGGAGCUGGAAACGAAUCAUGCGCCGCUCAAAGGCGAUGUAACCGUGCUGGACACGCUGCUCAAUAAUAUACCCAAUUUCCGCGAUAUUUCGAUCAUGCACAUGGAAUCGCUGAGCAAGUUCAAGCUGCAACAUCCGAAUGUUGUUUUCCCAGCGCUGUACAAGGAGCUGUUCUCAAUAGAUUCGCAGCAGGACUUGACAUAACCAGAGCCGCAAUUCAUGGACACAGCCGUGUCUGUUGUAUCGCCCAUUGAGGCAGGCUGCCCGCUGGAGAUACUUGGAGCGCCACGCCCACAACAACAGCAACAACAACAACAGCAAAUGCAGCUGGAUGACUGAGCGGCAAGCAAUAGC